UGGGUACAUCAGCUGACACACAGCCAGUGACUCCAGUUCCACACAUACACAUACAAGCCAGUCACCCGUCAAACCGGAACCCCGUUAUUGUUUGGGGAUAUUUUUGUUUUCUUGCACUGGUUCAGUGUCGGGUGUGGAGCAGACGACCGACGUCGAGUGACGACCUUAUUGUUACAGUCGUCGCACGUCGCCCUAUAAUACAGUUUUGCCUACAAUAGUUGAAGCCGCCAGGAACACCAACAACUGGGUUAAAGGUAACAGACUUCCUGGUACAGCAGCACCUUGUCCCUCGUAUGCCUUAACACAAGGUUGGAUCACCAUUGCCAUGACGAGCUCGUGGAUGAGACAUUUUGUUCUGCUGUGUGGUGUAUACACAACACUAGGAGUAAGAAUAAUUAACUGCAGCAACAACAAGGUAGAAAUAUUUGAAGACUCACCUGCUCCAGUCACGUGUGGAGAGAUCACCAGUACAUCCGCUGAUGUUCGCUGGCUACGAGGAGAUGGAGUCAACAUCGGAGAGUGUAAUGCUGGCGGUACCUGUAUCAAUAACUUAUACAACGACUACAGCCUCAACAGGUCACCGCAGUCCACGGAGAGUCAGCUGACCCUUGUCCCUGAUUACCGACGUCACGCGGGUCUCACGGUCACGUGUCUGGAGAUAGGGAGUCUGUCCACAGCCUCCUGUACUCUCGUCAUCAGACGUCACCCUGAGCUCAGUGAGUGUCACGUGACCACCAACCCUGUGGACUGGACUGUGUCAGGUUCAUGUCGUGUACAACAAGCUUUCUCCUCUGAUAACAUCUACACCUGUACAUGGACUAGGAACGAUGGGCAGCAGACAUUUGGAGGGUUGGAUGCCAGUCGUGAGCUGUGUUCGUUCACACAAGCUCUGCCACAAGCCGGGGGACUGUACACCUACAGCAUUUCUGUGUCUCCUCCUGCUACUACAAACUUUUCUCAGCAACUGACACUAGUGGAACCCGGUGACAUAACAACCACGUGUCCACACUGGGUGGUGAGAGGAGGAGACCUGUCCUGUACAUGUCAGACGACAAACACCGCCAGUCCUCCAGCCCCAGUGAGAUGGGAGGGACGAGACAGUGAGAAGCUGGUGAAGACUAACGUACAGCGGGAGGACAACGGCACACAGUUCACGUGUCACGUGACAUGGGCUGGGCGUGUCUACACCUCCAUCACCUACACUCUACUGGUUGAAUAUGUGGAGGGCCCCAGUGAUGUCGUCAUUAGCGAAACACAUCAUCCAGGUAGCAACGGUUCAGCAGUCAUAAUUUUAUCAUGUAACACAACAGGUGCUGUGUACCCAGGUGUGAACUUUACCUGGAGUCCAGGUGUUUGCCAGAAUGAAACACACGCCGCCAGGAGCAGCACGUGCACCGUUAGAUUGGACGCCGAGGAUGACGGGAAAAGUGUGACGUGUAAAGCUAUUAAUAGCAUCGACAGCCGAAUAUCAGUCUCGACAUCAGUGACACUGCGGAUAACCGGAGCAGGAAACAUCAGCGUUGUCUUGACAACAGAUUCACUGUCAUCAGCAUCGGCUGUCGUCGGACCAGUCGUCGGAGCUGCUGUCGCUGUGAUUGUAGCUGUUGUCAUCGCCAUUUUGCUCGUUAUUAUCAUCAGGAGAAGGCGCACAUUAAAGAAAACGCCAGAAAAGACGACAAAGAGCUAUCCGUGCCAGGAUUCUGAGUUCGAGGACCACAUCAAUGAGGUGUACGACAGUUCUGAGACUGCCGGACCACACAGCAGCUGCGGUGACAACUACAGGUCACGUGGUCAGGGUACAGACAGGGAAGCCAGUCACAGGAAUAAACAAGAGGUCAGCGCGCAGUAUGAAGACAGUCCGAGUGGAGGAUAUUACAGUGAGAUACGGGAGGUGGGCACUGGCAACACCUACCCUCAGCCUCACCACCGCCUGUCUAUGAACCCCUACAGCAACUGAGACAGUGAUGGGGCACGUUUGGUUUCUUUGGAUGUCACAGUCAUCACUGGAUGUGACAGUCAUCCCUGGAUGUCAGUCAUCACUGGAUGUCAGUCAUCACUGGAUGUCAAUUACUGAAUUGAUUAGUAUCCAUGGUUAUCAGUUGAUGUCUGCACGCCAUCUAGAACUCUCCACGGUCAUGAGUGGGAAGAGAAGGAAACACUGUGUAUCCACGUGAACAAAAUACACAUUUAUUCGCCAAGUGACUUUUCAGGAGGCCAUCACUUUCUUUACAACCAAGAAUUACACACCUGUAGUCGCCACUACAAGCACGUGAAAUGUAGACACACAUGUACACAGAAUUUCUCUUACUUUGAUCGCUCUUUUUCUCAAUCUUUCUUCUCUCUCUCUCUCUCACACACACAUGAUAACACACAAAAACUUACACACACGCAUACUGUAUCCAUCAUCCACACAUUUCAACUCCGCUAAACUACAUUCUUAAAGAUACUCAAAGACACUUGCAGGCUCGCACAGACUUGUUCCACAACUACGUACAGAAGUAAAAGAAACUUGUGGAAAUUCUGACUUUUAAUAAUUAUAUAUAUAUAUUGAGAGAGCCAGUGGUUAUACAGGCAACACUACCUGACAUUAGGUUUUGUAUAAAAACAAUAACAGACCUCGGGCAUUUUGUGGAUGACCAUGACAGUAAAGCUCGUGAUUUACCAUCACCAGAUAAUGAAGGUUGUAUAAAGACUCACACAAACCACAGAAGCUCUGAAGGUGACACCAUUGUCCACUAGGAAAAAAAAUGUUAUCUGCACGUCCAUAUCCACACUUAGUAUUCUAGUCCACUUUGAGCUUUUCUUGCUAAAUAUUAGUCUAAGUUUAUA